AUGUCAUAUGACGACAAAUAUAGACACUUCUCCAUGGCAAAGAUGAGACAAGUUUUAAAUAUUUACAAUAACCGUAAACAAAAAGGUUUGGGAAACCACUCCCCCGAAGAAAUGAAAAACAACCCUGACUUAGAGAAAGACUAUAUAUUUAAUAAUUUAGUCAAAAGAGACAAACAAGAAAGAAUGCCGGGCUUCAAACUUCAGAAAGGUGACAAAGUAAAAAUAGAAAUACCUAAACGCGACCCAUAUGAAAAUACUAUUGACUAUGACAACAAUGGGAACCCGACAGGUACUCACAUUCGUGUUCGUAAAAAUAGAAGAAAGUAUACAAGAGAAUAUUAUGAAGUUUUAGGCAAACAUGGCAAAAUGUACAGACUGCAAGCAGAAGAUAAAACUACUAUUGUCAGACCUCGUUUCAAACUUGUCAAAGUUCAAGGUGGUAUACUUUCAAAGACAGUUCCUAACAAAUAUAAGACAACUCCUGACGAAUAUGCUAAAGAAGUGGAACAUGACGACUAA